AACUGUAGAUGGCCUUGCCGAUGCCUGUCUCGGAAGGACCCCGUUCCAGCGUCCAUAGCGUCGCUUAGCAACCUGCGGCGCUCCCGUCCUUGGCAACCGGAGUGCGACCACAGUAACCCGCAGACUGCAACAUGGCCGAGGGAGGGGAGCCGAUCGUCAGACCCAAAAGGAUCUUCAUCAAUAACCUGGAUACGUACGCUGCCAGGAACAUAGGAAAGUAUUUGUCUGCCUGCAUUGCUGGAGCUUCGCUUGAAGAAGCUGAAGAGGGUGCGGAGGAAGAAGAGCACCUGUCAGCUCAAGAGGAUGAGGGAGGCAGCAAAUCAAAACAAGGCCUCUUCCAGAUAGUAGGCACUCUGUCCAAACCUUUGGACAAGAAGCUGGGUUUUCCAGUGGAAACGUAUGUGAUUUCAAAUAGAGAUGAGCUGUUAAGUCAUCUUAUGGAGAGCGAUGUCAUCAUAUAUAAUAUCACAGAGGACCUGUCCCAGAUCGAUGAAGCUUGCUGGGCAGCGUCUGCACUCCACACAGAAAUUGAAAACUUUGAAAGCCAGAAAAUGUUUAUAUUAUUAUCUACAGUCAUGACCUGGGCACGAAGCAAGCCACUGGACCCAGAUGAUCCUGAACUUCCUUUCACAGAAGAUGAUUAUCGGAGAAGGAAAUGUCACCUAAACUUUAAAGAUCAUUUAAAUGCAGAAAAACUCGUCAUUAAGAUGGGGAAAUCCAACAAAGGCAAGUUCACAACCUAUGUGGUUGCAUCGGGCCUUCUUUAUGGAGCAGAAGAAGGCAUCCUUCAUACAUUCUUUAAAGAGGCCUGGUUGGGAGAAACCUCAGCACUGUCUGUCUUUGGAGAUGGCCAGAAUAUCACCCCACUGAUCCACAUCAAAGAUUUAGCAAGUGUGGUACAGAACAUUGUAGACCGGAGGCCGCGGACUCACUACCUAGUUGCAGUGGAUGACACAACUCUCACACUGGAGGAAGUGGUCAAGACUGUCAGCGUACACCUCGGCCCUGUCAAAGUGCAGAAGGUUUCUAAAGAAGCUGUGUUCCUGAAUAAAGAGCUAACGCAACUGGAGAUUGACCAUUUACUGGUGAACCUGAGAAUGGAAGCAGUGUUCUUGACGCAGAAUUUUAACAUUAACUGGGUGUCUCAGAGUGGAAUAGUGGAAAAUAUAGAAGCCGUUGUCAAAGAGUUCAAGGAAAGCAGAGGACUUCUGCCAAUCCGUAUAUGUAUCCUUGGUCCUCCUGCUGUAGGAAAAACAACAGUGUCAAAACUGCUAUGCAAACACUACAAGCUGCAUCACGUUCACAUAAAAGAUGUCAUCACAGAGGCCAUUGCAAAUCUGGAAAGGCUUGUAAAAACUCCUCCAGAGGAGGAAGAGGAAGCGGAAGAAGGUCCAGAAUCCUAUCAGGAACUGUUGGACUCUGUGAAGGAAAACAUGGAACAAAAUGGAGGGCGUCUGGACGACAGCUACGUGAUCAGGUUCAUGAAGGAGAAACUAAAGUCUAUGCCUUGUCAGAACCAGGGCUAUGUCCUAGAUGGAUAUCCGAAGACCUACGAACAAGCAAAGGAGCUUUUCAACUUGGAAGAAGGAGAAGAAGAGGAAGAGAGUAGGAGUAAAGCUCCACGUUUUGAUAAAACCAUCACUCCAGAAUAUGUUAUAUCUUUGGAUGCAUCUGAGGAAUUCCUUAAAAACCGUGUGAUCAACCUGCCAGAAAGCAUAGUUGCAGGAACGCAUUACACACAGGAGCGGUUCCUUAGGGCUCUUGCUAUGUUCCGAGAAUUGAACCCUGAAGACGAGACUGUUCUCAACUAUUUUGAUGAGGCUGAAAUCCAUCCAUUGCAUAUUGAUGUUUCAAAAGACGAUGAUCCAAUGUACAGAGACAUCUUAAAGCAAAUCAAUAAAGCCGUAGGGGAGUCUAGGAACUAUGGACUAACCAUGGCAGAACAAGCAGAGCUGGAACUUCAGGAAGCAGAGGAAAGCAUUUCUCAAGAAUUAAAAAGAAAGGCUGAACUGGAGCGGAGGGAGGCUGAAGAGGAAGCCGAGAGAAUGGCUCGCUGGGAGGAAUGGAACAGUCGCCUUGAAGAGGUGAAGCAGCAAGAACGGGAACUACUGGAAGCUCAGUCUGUCCCUUUAAGAAAUUAUUUAAUGAAGAAUGUUAUGCCAACUCUAAUACAGGGGCUGAACGAGUGUAUUAAAGUCCGCCCAGGUGACCCAAUAGAUUAUCUGGCGGAGUAUCUGUUCAAGAAUAAUCCUGAAAUUUAAUGAUGACUCUUUUAAAGUUGUAAAGGUUUUCACUGUGCCUUCCUUUUUGUUUGUGCUAAAUUGUACACAUAUAGCAAUUGAGUAUGGAAUUGUUAAAUCCUCUGUUAGAUUCUUACUGCUGUCUGCGUCUCCUACUGGGGAGAUUAACCCUCCCUAUAUGUUCAGGUGGUCUAUGUCCGCAUACAGAAGGUGAUGGGAAAUCCAAAAUGUUACAGUUGUCCCUGGGACAGGAGGUGACAGAAAAUCCUCCAAUGGUUACACCUGUUGCAGUGAUAACUGUCUAAAGCCUCGUACACACGGUCGGACUUCAAACAAACUUUUCCGUGGAUUUUUGUCCAAAGGGAGUUGGCCAG